UGCCAUUCACCUGCUCUCAGUCUUACAUUCAGGAUUAUACUGCUUCAGUCCUGACAAUAUAGACACACAACAGGCUCUACCAAGGUACUGUGACCAUUUGCACCAUAAAACAACUCACAAUGCACCCGUCUGUGAAAGAUGCUUUGGUAUUUUUUAUUUUUUCAAUUAUGUGGACAAACUGUGUAUGUACAGAUGGUACAACCACUGCAUACACCACAAUAAGCAGCACAACUGAAGUUCAAACUAAUUCUACCCCCGCUAGUUUAAGCAGUGAAACCAGCACCGCUGCUACCGACAUUCAGACUCAAAACACAACAACCACCUCAUUCCCAAAUACUGCUUCCACAUUAGCUGAAAGUACAGGCAUAACUCAAACAACAUUAACCACUGAUGGGAAGACAACUACAACAAACAGCAGUGCGGGGACAGCUGUAACAGCAUUCAAUACUGAAACAGGCUCAACAAUUUCAAGCAGUAUAGCCACAACAACCUCAAACACAUUCACAUCCCCAGCAACACCACAUAAUAAAACAGACAUAACCACAUCAUCUGUAACAAGUAGUACGGAGACAGCCCUGACAACUUCAAAUGGUAAUACAGACACGACCCAGAAUACAACUACAGAAACAACACAUUCAAGCAACAGUACAGAAGCAACCUCUACCCCUUCAAGCAACACUACAGAAGCAACCUCAACCCCUUCAAGCAACACUACAGAAGCAACCUCAACCCCUUCAAUCAACUCUACAGAAGCAACCUCAACCCCUUCAAUCAACUCUACAGAAGCAACCUCAACACCUUCAAGCAACACUGCAGAAACAACCUCAACAAAUAAUAGUACAGCAACAGCUCAAACAAGUACGAACAAUAAUACGGAGACCACACCAACAAGUACAAAGAAUAGUACAGAGACCAGUUUAACAAAUACAUAUAGUAGUACAGAGAGCACUACAACAAAUAAAAACAGUAGCACACAAACUACCCCACCCAGUACCAGUGGUACAGAAAGCUCAAUGACAACAAACAUCAGCAGUGGUGGCCUUCCAAAUGUAAAAGACUCAAAAAGCGAUGCUGGGGUGAUAGUAGGAGCCAUCAUUGGAUCAAUUCUGGCAGUUUGUCUUGUUUGUCUAGUGGCUUUCUUCUUGUGUGGCUCAAAGAAAUCGAGCUCCUUCUCCCACAGAAGACUGUAUGAAGAUAUACGGAAUGAACCAGUGUUAAGACUGGACAAUGAAGUCAGUCCAUACGAUGUCAGUUAUGGAGAUUCGUCUUAUUAUAACCCAACAGCGAUGGAAGACUCUUCUUUUCACCGUUUACCAAAUGAGACAAUUGCAAUGGAAGAUAUACGACCUCAUCAUCCCUAGAACGCUAGAUAUGACAUUUAAGAAAAAAAAACAAGGACAGUAUUUUUAAUUCCUUUGUCAUGUUACUCAUGACAGUAUAUGGUCCAAGCCGAUCCCAGCUGCUGCUGCAGAAUUAGGGAUAUAAAAUGACCUGAAUGAAUUGGAAUGCCACUACUUGGGAAAUUUCAGAAUGUUCCUACAUUUGUUCAACCUUUGGCACACAGGCACAUUCUAUUAGUUUGCUCAAAUUGCCUUUCAACCUUGCUUUUAAGAUACAACGUUGCUGCAUUUAAUUGAUGAUUUUAUGCUACAAACAUGAUCAUUUUUGCAAUGAGCAUUUGAGCAUUGCCAAAAACGGAUCUAAGCUAUUUUAUGAAGAUUUUUACACAAUAAGCACUGCCUACAAUAUUUCUUUUAAUGGGAUGCUGUUUAACUCAACGUAGCUGGCUACGUUGUUGAUUCUGACAUAGGUCUGAAGUUAGCGAAAACUCAGAAUUGCUAUCUUUAAAAUGUUAAUUAGAUGCACUGUGCUCGGCUGUGUUAAACCUUCGUGCAACUUUGCAU